AAACUUAGUAUAUAGUUAUUACCAGACAUUGUUAUUAAGUGGAAAUAUGUCGAACAUUUUGCAGCGUGUGGAAACAACAUUGCGCAGUUUCUAUAUUUUCAAUUCUAAAUUUGGACAAAAAGAAGGCGAUGAGUUCAAAAAAAUACUUUACUAUAAUCCUCAAGACAUAGAACUGAACACAAAAAUCAAAGAUGUUGGCCUAAGCGAAGCAAUUAUACAGUUUACGAGCACGUUCGUUGGGGAGGACGACUGCAAAGCUCUGCACACGCAGAAAACGACUCAAAUUUUUUAUCAGCCUGAAUGCGGUUACUGGAUGGUAAUGGUACUGAAUGUACCAAAAGAAAUUAAAAGCAAGGAUGGGAUUGAAGUACCAGAGUAUCGCGGAGCUGAAGUACAAGAUCGAAUAUAUAGAACUGUUUUGCGGCAAUGUUACAAAAUGUUUCGACUUAGCUGUGGAACUUUCCUUUCGAAUACGAUAAGCAAUGGAGAUGGGCAUGAUUGUGGACGUGAACAAUUGCAAGAAAGACUGUCCAAAUUUUUCAACAAAUAUUUGCAAUCCCUGAGGAUUCCCGUCAAUGACGUGCUAAGUUUUAUGCACUCCAUACAGUAUUUGCCACUAGAACAACCGUUAUUCCUUCGAGCGCAUAAUUUUAUUAAUAUGAUUCGUGCCACAUUUCCCAUCAUAAAGGAGACUGUUUUACUCUAUGAUGAACGCAUCGUAUGCGGUGGCCAAAUUGGGCCAAUCGAAUUAUGCAAUUUACACCAAUAUCUGGUAAAUUCAUUUCUGGAAAAAUCUGAAAAUACAAUACGGAAUGCACACAAUGAUAGUCCAAUAGUAGACAAAUAUCAUAGUGGUGUUUUUAUUACUGGUCAAGAAAACGACUUGCCUAAAAUAUAUCUCACAGUGGCUGGAAAUCUUCAAUGUUAUUACCUGUUAAUUUUUCGUGUUCUAAAUGCAACAUUGUGUUUACUUUUAAGUGACAAAGAGGACCUACCGAAAAAUGAUUUCUGUACAGAAUUGCAUACGUAUAUGGGUCCACAGUUAUCGAGAAUUGUAAAAGAUAUUGAAGAAAAUAUUAAUAAACAACAAAGUCUGCGUAAACAAUUCCCUUCCACAUCACUUUCCGCUCUAACGUCAAGUACCAACACAGACGACUUUUCAGUUCCAAAAUAUCUUUUCAUUAAUGAACAGAGUUUAAAGCAUCUUACCAACAUUCCUCCCGGAAGCAAAUCGUCACAUUACAUUCCAUCCAAUGUUAUCAAUCUUAUAGCCGAUCUGAAUCCCUAUGAGGAAGGAAAUCUAGAAGAAUAUUAUUCAUCUUUAAAAGAAGUUCAAAUUAAAACCACAAAUGACUUUUGGAUAGUGCAAAGAUGUUGGAACUGGAGACAAUGUUAUGUGAUAAUACAUAAUAGCAAAGCAACAUUGCUAGAUAUAACACAAGAAGCCAAACGCGUGUUUGAUAAGGAAUUUACAGAUGAUGUAUUUUUUGACAAAUAAAAAGAAUUAUCAAAUAAAUGAAAGGUGUUUUCCAGUUAAAACGACGUACUUCCUCGUGGUAAGAUUUCAUCUGUCGUGCAGAUCUGUUUCGAUGGCAGAGCAAACAACAUGAUGUAGUAGCGUCUCAAGCCAAUACUGAUGUGACUACCGUGCUCUCAUUUUCUGCAAACACCACACUGCUUCCAUUGCUGGCAGAACUAUAUCCUGCAUUGCCACGCGCUACAUUUUUCAAUUUUACAAUGAAAAUUCGGUGGUUACUCAUGGAAAUAUUGUAACUAUGAUCAUCAUACACAAUUGAAAUGCGUUCACAGCUGUUGUUGGGCAUGAAAUUAUCAUCAACACUAUAUAUGAACAUACAAAUUUUUUAAUGUAAUAAAUUUGGAAAAGUAUAAUACACACAUGUAGUCACUAAAGUUAUAGGCUAAUUUUGA